UUCGCGAUCUUCGCUAAGAAAACGUGGCAAACUGAGUUGUUUAUUUCACGAGACCGUGCAAAAUAAUCUGUCGAGUAUUAUUGACUGUUAUUAAAUUAAAGUAAAAUAAGAAGAAAAAUGUCUACGGGAACGGAACGUCCAGCUUCAAUGCCUUUUCAAGAUAGUCAAUACAAUUGGACGGAUGAUUUACCAGUUUGCAAACAAUCCGGAGUGGGUUUUUCCACUAAUCAGAUUUAUCGAGAGGAUGGAUAUCGACAAGAGGAGCAUCAAUUUGAAGACCGUAGUUUUCACUGUAGAUACGACGACUCCACGUUCCUUUAUGCAGUAUUCGAUGGCCAUGAAGGCACUAAAGCAGCUAACUUCGCAAUGCAAAGAAUGGCUGCGGAGAUCCUACUCGGGCAGUUGAAUGAAAAAUCAACCGACGAGGAAGUGAAAGAAGUUCUCCGACAGGCAUUCAUAGCGGUUGAAAAAGGAUACUUGGAAUCGAUUGGCGAUCUGUUAGCAGAACGUGCUAGUCUGCAGUUUGACAUACCCGAUGGACUGAACUCUUAUGAAACCUAUCAAAAAUUUCCAGAUUUGGUUGACAAGCUGAAUGCGCUGAAUUGCGAGCUGUCAGCUGGGACCAGUGCUGUGGUUGCCUUAGUUUAUAAAGGGAGACUGUACGUCGCGAAUGUCGGAGACAGUAGGGCAUUGUUGUGCAAAACAGAUAGCAAUCAAGUUUUGCGAGUAGUACAAUUAACCGUGGAUCAUGACUUAAAGAACGAGGAUGAGCUUCUGCGAUUAUCUCAACUAGGUUUAGAUGCCAAAUUGAUCAGACAAGGUUCUCAUCUUGGAAAUCAGGAAAACACGCGGUGCCUCGGCAACUAUCUCGUCAAGGGAGGAUACAGAGAGUGCGAGAAGCUGGCAGCUUCCGUGGCAGAACCAAUCAUCGCCGAACCGGAAAUCAGCGGUGGCAUCGAAUUGGAUGAAUCUUGCAGAUUUCUAUUGCUUAUGUCGCGCGGCUUAUAUAAAUCGCUGGAAGAAGCAACCGAUACUGAUCAAGUCAAUAAAGAACUAGCCUUGAUAGCGGUCGAACAGUUUCGCGUACAAUCAACCUUGACCGGCGUUGCUCAGGCGGUGGUCGACAAAAUCGUCAGAAUCCACCAUGACGCGUACAUGAACAACACACAGAACACCGUGACGACUGGCAAGCGCGACGACAUAACUCUUUUAGUGCGGAAUUUCAACUUCCCGCUGACACUCAGUCUGAAAAGUCCGACCAGUCAAUCUGUCAGAUUCAAUCCCGUGGUGCAAACCGCGUCGAUCAGCAUACCGGACAACGAGGAUGUCUCGAGCACCAGCACCGGCAUUAGCGACGAGAAUGUUAACACAUCGACGUCGACAACAGAGACGUCAACAACGACAUCAGACUUGUAUCCACCUGGCGCCAGAGGAAUCUUGACGGAUCGAAACGCCAGAGUCAAGCCUUAUGUAGAUUUUUCGGAGUAUUACAAGAAUCUCGAGAAGAGAAAGAAAGAAGGAACUUUGCCGAAAAAUAUAAAAUUCUUUUAGGCAUUGAAUUAGGUAUCGAAUUUGGCUUAUAUGAUAUUGACAUUUUAAGCAUGUACAUACACGGAAAUGUUCCUAUUAUAGCAUAUUUUUAUAUGACUUUGGUAUUUCAUGUAUCAUAAACGACAAUACUUAUAAUACCACUUAUACCAAUGAAUAAAAUAUUUCAGUUCAAUUAA